CAACAGCCGGCCUAUCUCAGUGUCUGCUCACCAAUCUAUGCUGCCUCGAUGUUUUGCAUCAGUAUAAAGUCGAAGAUCUCCGUGUAGAUUUUUGUCAGAUUCCCCUUUCUAGACCGACCUUCUGACCCCCAGCCGUUUCUUUCUCUCUCCUUAACCGACACGACCAAGGCAAAGCCGCAAGUGGACACCCGGAAUAUCUCAGAUACACGAAUACCACGAUACUGGGGAUUGCCGUGGUAUAGAGUCUUUCACCAUGGGUUCAUCAAGCUCUCCCAUCCUCGUCAACAAAGGGGUGCCAAAUAUACCAUAUUUCACCCCGGCACAUGCUUCAGAUCCAGGGGCGCCGUUUACCCCAUCUGCCGAUACUCCAACACUGUUCACGCCUCUAAAAAUCCGCUCCAAAACCCUGCGCAACCGCAUAAUAGUGGCGCCGAUGUGCCAGUACUCCACCGCGUCCUCGGGGCCUGACAUUGGGAAACUCACCGACUACCACAUUGCAACGCUAGGCCAUUACGCCCUGAAGGGAGCCGCGUUGGUCUUCAUUGAAGCUACGGGUGUGCAGCCAAACGGGCGAAUCAGCCCCAACUGCCCUGGACUAUGGAGCGACGCGCAGACAGAAGGCGUCAAGCGUGUGUCGGACUUUGUCAAGUCACAGGGUGCUCUGUCCGGGAUCCAGCUUGCUCACGCUGGGCGAAAGUCGAGCACCCUGCCGCCGUGGAUAGCGUCAUCAAUCAAGAGACCGUCGGUGCGCGCGGACAAGAGUGCUGAUGGAUGGCCGGACGAUGUAGUCGGGCCGAUGGGCGGACCCGAGGAGAGCUGGGAUGGCAAAGGAUUGGCCCAAGACGGCGGCUUCUGGCCUCCGAGGCAGCUGACCGUGGAGGAGAUUCAAGGUGUGGUCAAAGCAUUUGCAGACAGCGCGCGGAGGAGCGUGGAAGCUGGCAUCGACGUGAUUGAAAUUCACGCUGCGCACGGCUACCUGAUCCAUCAGUUCCUCAGCCCCAUCACGAACAGGCGCACCGACCAGUACGGUGGCAGCUUUGAGAAUCGCACACGUCUCCUGGUUGAAGUCAUCAACGCGGUCCGGGCACAGAUACCACAGGACAUGCCUCUAUUCCUACGGGUCAGCUCGACGGAGUGGAUGGAGGAGACAGACCUGGGCAAGCAGCUGGGAAGCUGGGAUGUGGACAGCACGAUGAAGCUGGCUCGUCUGCUGCCUGGGCUAGGAGUGGAUCUCCUCGACGUCAGCAGCGGCGGGAAUCAUCCUCAGCAGCGCAUCAACAUGUUUUCCUCCAAGGACUACCAGACCAAGAUUGCCCACCAGAUCCGGCAGACGAUGAAGGCAGACCACCUGAAGUUGCUCAUCGGUGCUGUGGGCCUCAUCACGGAAGCCGAGCAGGCGCGGGAUAUUGUUGACGAUAAAGCAUCGGACAAGAGCAUUGGGGAGGAAGCCAACGCCGCAAAGGAGAUGACAGAUGCAAAAGGCGGUAAGGAGCCUAUGGCGGAUGUUAUUCUCGUGGCCAGGCAGUUUAUGCGAGAGCCAGAGUGGGUGUUGAAGGUGGGUUGGAAGUUGGGUGUUGACGUUGCCUGGCCCAGCCAAUUCCUGAGAGUGAGGUUUCCGAAGCUGUAAGCCGACAUGGCCGGUCUAGCGGGGGGAGAUCUUAUAGAUAUAGAAUGCUAGAAACGCAUUAGAGUCGAUGGGUUACCACAUUGGUUUGGCAAGGCUGCCUGAACAGUGACAGCCUGAUCCUGACCCGGGCAUUUUGUCUGACAAAAGACUCCGCCGCGCUUAUUGCGGCAUCAGUAUUAGGAAAAGGUGGAGAAAAUCACGUUGUCAGACACCUCUUAAAUAGGCUCCCUC